CCAGCAGGGGGCAGUAGCCAGAUCUGGGUUUCUCUUCCAGGUUCCAGCAUCAUCGCUCUGCUCCUCCAUCAUCUUGUCCGGAGAAACAGCGUUUACAAAACUGGACUCUUUUGUCUCAUUUGAGCCCAGAUCUUACUUCUAACGUCAGCAUGUCUGAUAAGAGUGAGCUGAAGGCUGAGUUGGAGAGGAAGAAACAACGAAUUGCCCAGAUUCGAGAGGAAAAGAAGAGAAAAGAAGAAGAGAAGAAAAAGAAGGAUGGAGACUCAAUACGUGGAGGUGAGGGCGUGUCCUCAGUGGGCGGUGAGGACUCUGAUCUGGAGAGGAAGAGGAGGGAGGCAGAGGCUUUGCUGCAGAGUGUUGGCAUCACCCCAGAUAUACCUCAUGCUCAGCCCCUGAGGGUAGUAACAGAAGAUACGUGUCUGUUUCACUACCUAGUCCCCGCCCCCAUGUCUCCCUCCAACAAAUCAGUGGGCAGCGAUGCAGGAAGCCAAGAUUCUGGGGAUGGAAACACUGGACCAAGGACUUUGCAUUGGGAUCCCGACCCCUCUACUCUGCAACUCCACUCCGACUCUGAGCUAAUGGGACGUGGGACGGCGAGGCUCGGCAUGUCCAAACUGACCCAGGUGGAUUUUGUCCCGAGGGAGCUGGUGUCCUACUGCAAAGAAACGCAGACACCCACAGAGGCGUUGUCACACACUGAUCAGAAAGCAGAUGAAGAAGAGGAUGAGGAGAUAAGUGCUCCUCCACCAGCUGAUGGCGCUCAGGAUGAAAAAGAUGAACAUGGUGAAGGGCAGGACGACGACACUCCAAAGGAGCUGACAGAAGAAGAGAAGCUGCAGGUCCUGCAUUCUGAUGAGUUCUUGUCGUUUUUUGAGCGCAGCAGCAGAGUCCUGGAGAGAGCUCUGGCUGAGCAGGUGGACGUCUGCUUCGACUACAGCGGGAGAGAUCUAGAGGAUAAGGAAGGUGACUUGCAGGCUGGUGCAAAGCUGGUUCUGAACAGGCAGUUUGCAGAUGAACGCUGGACUAAAAACAGAGUGGUCACCUGUCUGGACUGGUCACCUCAGUACCCAGAGCUGCUGGUCACGUCGUACAACAACAAUGAGGAUGCGCCACAUGAGCCUGAUGGCGUGGCGCUGGUCUGGAACCUGAAAUACAAGAAGUCAACACCGGAGUACAUUUUCCACUGCCAGUCGGAGGUGAUGUCAGCUGGAUUUGCAAAGUUUCACCCUAACCUGGUGGUGGGUGGGACUUACUCUGGACAGAUAGUCCUAUGGGACAACAGGAGCAACAAGCGUACUCCAGUCCAGAGAACACCUCUGUCUGCAGCUGCACACACGCACCCCGUCUACUGCGUGAAUGUGGUUGGAACCCAAAAUGCUAACAACCUGAUUAGCAUUUCCACAGAUGGUAAAAUGUGCUCCUGGAGCCUCGACAUGCUCUCCCAGCCGCAGGACAGUCUGGAGCUGGUGUUCAAACAGAGCAAGGCCGUGGCCGUCACGUCCAUGGCCUUCCCUCUGGGGGAUGUCAACAACUUUGUGGUGGGGAGCGAGGACGGCUCAGUUUACACUGCAUGUCGUCACGGCAGUAAGGCGGGAAUCACUGAGGUGUUUGAAGGUCACCAUGGCCCUGUGACUGGGCUGAGCUGUCACAGUGCUGCAGGACCUGUGGAUUUCUCUCACCUUUUCAUCUCCUCCUCUUUUGAUUGGACAGUGAAACUAUGGAGCACCAAGAGCACCCGUCCUUUGUACUCCUUUGAGGACAGCUGUGAUUAUGUUUAUGAUGCCAUGUGGUCUCCAGCACAUCCGGCUCUGUUUGCUUGCGUGGACCUAUCUGGACGCCUGGACCUGUGGAACCUCAACAAUGACACUGAAGUUCCAACAGCCAGCGUGUGUGUAGAUGGCUCCCCAGCACUGAACCGUGUCAGAUGGUCUCACUCUGGGAAGGAGAUUGCUACUGGAGACUCUGAGGGGCAGGUUCAGGUCUACGAUGUGGGGGAGCAAAUCUGCGUACCCAAAGCGGAUGAGUGGACGCGUUUCGUCAGGACGCUUGCUGAAAUCAACGAGAACAGAGACGAAGCUGAAGAACUGGCCAACGUCUGAUGCAACUCCUCACUAACAUUUAAUAAAUUCCUCUGUAGUACACUACACACCUAUAGCACAUGAAACACGACACAACCAGAGAUCGCUCCCCUUUCUGGUUUGCAGCUUUUCCUUCUACUAGAACUUGGGCCUGAGGAGACGUGCAGAGCUAGAACGGACCGAAACGACAGCGAGAGAUUUGUUUUUAAAUGUCUUAAAGCACGUGGGUAUAAAUGAAUGAAUGUCUUGUGUAGCAUCCAUCAGCGGUAGUUGAACACGGACCAGCGUUAGAUAGCUGAACAUCGGCUCUGAACUUCUAGCUUUGAUAACAUCCUCAGGGCUCCAGAAACCGUUCUCCUGAGGCCUCAACCAACCCCCCCCCCCCUUUUUUUUUUACAUAUGCAAACCUUUGUACUUACACCUUUUUAUUACCUUGUGAGUGUUCCUACUUUUUAAUAUUUUACAGACACGCUUGUGCACGGCUGUUAGUCUCCUGUAACAGAAAGGAAAGUCUGUAAAGCUGACCACCACACCCUCAGCAGGACUGAAUGAACGAGUGAUCUUAUGCGUGCACAAGUCCUUACAUUUUAGCAAUGACUAUAAUAUUUAAUAUUUAUUAUUGUUGCAUUUAUUUAAAUAUUUUAUGUAUAAUUUGAAAAACUGUUUUGAAUAUUGGCACUAAAAAUGUAACCAAAAUCCUUUGCUUUAGAUUUGACACUAGUUUUAUUUUUACAUGCGACCUUAGCCCAACCCGUGUUUCCUUGUCUAAUGGAGAGCAGAAACUGUGUGCUGACUUGGUAAAUGUAGGUUUAAAUGAAAACUUCACUGAAGCUGGAUCAGUUUUUUCCUUCAGCCUCAUCAAACUUGUUAAUAUUUAAAGUAAAAUGACCUUAUUUGAUGUUCCAUACCAGGACUGCUUUUCUGAAAUCGUACUGUACUCUGCUGAAAAAUGAAAGGCUGCACUUUUUCAUUGAAAUAAAAACCCUCCAAAAAUCCUUGUAAAA